AUGGCUACCCCUAGUGUCCUCGCUUUUGACGCUGAGGGUCGGGCCAUUGACUUUGAGGUCUGGGUAGACGACCUGCAGCUGUUCUUACAGUGCGAUAGGGCAGACGGCCUCUCUCUCUUUGACCUUACCUCUGGCGCUUCCCCUGCCCCUGCUGCUGAUGCUGACGCCACUGUUCGCUCCCAGUGGGCCACGCGCGACGCUGCUACACGUCUUGCUGUGCGUCGCCACCUCCCUACCUCCGAGCGUGCGCACUUUAGUCAGUACAAGAGUGCUCAGACCUUGUACGACGCUGUAGUCGCGCGCUACUCCUCCCCUGCCACUGCUGCACUGAGCCGUCUCAUGCUACCGUACCUCUUCCCUGACCUUGCUGCCUUUCCCACCGUGGCUGACCUCAUAACGCACCUCCGCACUGCAGUGACACUCGCUACCGCGCUGCUCUCCCUGCUGACUUCUGCGCCAAGAACCCCCCCCCCCAUGUACAUCACUCUGUACUUCCUAGUCACUCGCCUUACUGACUCCCUUCGAGUAGUCAGGGACCACUUUCUCUCAGUCUGUCCCACCACACUCACUGUCGAUCUCCUCGAGAAGGCCCUCUUAGCAGCGGAGAAGAGUAUAGUCGCUGUACGAGCCUCUCGAGGUGACCCGCGCACCCCCAUCUUUGAGGGGUGUUCCCCCUCCCCCCUGCUGCUCUUUGUUGCCUCUGCUGCUACGGCCGACCUCCUUGGUCUUGAGUCGGUCAGUGCGGCGUCUGCCCGUAGCGGGAGACGCCGCCCUGGCAAGGGCAAGGGGGGCAAGGGAGCUGGAGGAGCGGGCGGUGGAGGUGGAGGUGGAGGCGGUGGGGGUAGUGGGGUGCGGUGGGAGUGGAGGUGCGGGUGGGGGGGUCGGUGGCGGCGGUGGAGGCGAAGGCGGCGGCGGCGGUGGGCGGUGGGAGCGGAGGUGGCGGAGGAGGCGGCGGUGGAGGCGGCGGUGGAGGCGGCGGUGGAGGCGGCGGCAGUAGCGGAGGCGGCGGAGGCGGUGGGGGUGGCGGUGGAGCUGGUCGCGGGCCUUCGCAGAGGAGUGGCUCCG